AUGGGCCAGCGGAACAAGGUGUUAGAGACAGACACUCCUACUGCAAAAUUUCUCUACACAAUCAUCAAGCAAUUGGAUCUGAAGUCGGUUGAUUGGAAUAAGGUCGCUUCUGAAGUUGAAGUCUCCAAUGGUCACGCUGCUCGUAUGCGGUAUUCCCGUUUCCGACAACAGAUGGAAGGAACCACAGGGGCAAGCAAACCAAAGCGAAAGAGCAAGAAGGGAAAGACCAUGGAACCCCCUGCUGAGAUGCAAUGCAUAUUCCCAAUGGCUCCACCAUUCAUGAUGCCCAUGGAAUCGACAGAUUCUUCUCUUCCGGGCAAUCCCUUCGUAAAGUGCGAACCGGGCACUCAGGGCAACACGAACAUCCAGAGCUUUAUGCAACAUUCCCCGCAGUUGAUGUUGGACAGCACCGAAGGACAGUAUUAUUUUCCUCAGGAUUUUGCUUCGACACAAUUCCAGCUGGCGUCAAACAUACCAUCUGGAAUACCAUCGCCCAGCCCCGGAACAUCAUUGUCCUUCAUGCAUGAAAAUCCAUACCAGUUCCCAACCGCGUCAACCGGUUACUCUUAUUCAACACCAGGCACUCAACCUGUCUUCGAUUUUAGGGAGUUUGACCAAAUCAACCCUUUCACCAAUUAUGCCCCAACCAUCAACUGGGAACCACGCCCCCCUCCUCGCCAGGAGAGCCCGACUGUAAAAGUCGGAGAGGAAGAAGAAGAAGAAGAAGAAGAACAACAGCACCGGCACCAGCAGCAGCAGCACGAAACCUGCCAGCAAGACCCCGCUGUAACAGUUGAAGAAGAAAAACGGACCGACGAGGGGGUACCGAGUACACAGAACCAGGAAGAUGACCAUGUUGUUGUCAAAGUUGAAAAGAUCCAAGAUUGA